UAACUGCGGGAACGGCUGGAGACCGGCUCUGGGCUCUUGCCAGUUGCUGCCGCUCAGACACACGCGAUGUGCCGACGCGUGUGCUACGCACUGCCGCUGCCGAUGCUGCUGCUGCUGCUGUGUGCGGCGCAUCAAGCCAGAGGCCGCGACUUGCCACAAUACCUCAAAGCCUGCAGCGAGAAGGACUCAAACUUAAAUGAAUGUGCUCUGAAGAAUGGUCGCGCUGCAAUUCCCUAUCUUGUGAAAGGUGAUCCGAGCAUCAGACUUUUACCCAUGGAUCCACAGCAGAUUACGGAAAUGGUGGUGGACGACAAAGGGCUCAAGUUCAUCAUGAGAGACAUCGUCGUACUGGGACAAGCAAACGUACAGCUCCAAGAUGUCAGAGUGCUUCUCAAAGAGAGACGCUUGGAGAUUGACCUGUUUUUCCCUAUGCUGGACAUGAGCUUCAAGUACAACGUGUCUGGUAAGGUACUGGUGCUGCCACUGGAUGGUUCGGGCACAGGCACAAUGAAACUCGAAAAUCUGACCGUCAGUUACAUAAUAAACUAUGAACCUUUUAAUAAGGGUGGCACUGACUAUAUGAAGGCAACAGUGGUGGAUUCCAGAGUUGAAGUUGGGCACUUGACAAUAAACCUGCAGAAUUUAUUCAACGGUGACAAAUUUCUUGGUGAAAACACCAACAAAGUUCUGAACGAGAACUGGAAAGCACUCGUUGAAGAGGUAGGUCCGGCAAUGUACGAAUCGGACCGAGCCAUAGCACAGAACCUGGUGGACACGUUGUUUGACGGGGUGCCAUACAGGAAGGUGGUCCUCGAGUAAGUCGCCCACCACCUGCGGUCACGUUCCACAGAUGUCAGACGGCUAAGUCAAGAAAAUUCCCUGCGACAUUACUGAAUGAGAGGAUGUGCUCUUGGCGCGGAAUUGAAAGAAGCUUUGGAAUGAGUAUCUUUAAAGAAAGUCGUAAUUGGCUAUGAAGACGUAUACCUGAGAUACCUAAAUAGUAAAAGCGAUUAUCGCCACAAAUAAAAAAGCUAAAGAAAUUGUAAAUCUUGUUGUGGGGUCUUAGUUCAGGAUGCAAUAUUCGAUUUAUUUACACGUCACGUUGGAGAGCAAGUUAUGAAGUGGUCAGUUCAGUCAAUGAACAUGAGAUAUUCAGACAAACAGACCAAUUACAUAAAACUUAGUUUAAUAUGGGUGUUUAAAUGUGCUAAUUGUAUAAAUAAAAAGAUGAAGUAUGCAAAUUGUUGUAAUCGA